AUGACUAAAACACAACGCCUACUCAUUGGCGUCCUCGCAUAUGUCGCAUCUACGGCAUUUGCUGAGUUUACCAGCAAGACGGAAAUGUGGCGUGCAGCAGAAUACGACUCGACGCCCAAGGAGUGGGACGUCCAAACCUCCCACAGCGCCUUGACGCUGGUGACGAGGCGACACUUGGCCGGUGAGACCGGGCCGCAAGUCCGCUACAGUGAGCAAACACUCGAUCUGGCUGGCUGUGUUGGCGUAGAGAAUGGGCAGUUGGUUUGGGCCCAGGAGGGCAAUGCCUUGAAAACCUGCACAGCCUGCUCCGUAACCCCAAGGCUUUGGCCUGGGAAGCCUAGUGAACCUUCAAAGCCGGAUGCUAUCGCAGAGCUUGGGCUUGAAGAGAAUUGGGAUUCCUUCGUUUCCCAAUGGCUGGAGUCACAAAAGUCGUUUUAUUCGUACGACAAGCCAGAAAACCUCAACAGAGAAGCAAUCCUCACUUGCAAAUGCGAUGGGGAAGGUGGACAACCUUCCAGCCUGGAUCUCGACGACGGCAUAUAUAUGAGCGAUGAUGAGUCCGGUGGGUUGUACUGUAGCCCCAGCAAUGGCAGAGCCGGUAGUGGUGAUGCUGUUCCUGAGUAUCAGUACGGUGAAACGAAUUUUAAUGACGAGCACGACGUCGCGGCUGAGGAGGAUGACGAAGAGGAUGCCGUCAAGCAAAAGCGCUUCCUUCUACUCCCGAGUCUCUUGGAAAGUACUGCGGAAAUUCUCAAAGAGCUCGACAUGGAUAAAGCCUGUGCGGACUGGCGGGUCGUCGACGAAAACUCCGGCAAGCGUAUGCUCCAGGCGUACUGCCCGGUCCAGGGCGUAUCCAAGAGCACACAGCCGCUGUAUGCUGUAUCAAAACUCAACCUGGACAACUGCCUGGUCAACGACAAUGGUACUCUGAGAUUUCAGGAACUGUCCGCCCCAAAAAGCGGCAACGGCAUGCGGACAUGCGACGCCUUCUUCGACACGCGCGGCAAGACGGAGUGGACGACGCGCUGCCAGGCCGAGUUUGCCAUGCCCAACUCCACCACCAGGGCCUCGAUAACGGACGGGCUCGACAUCGCGGGAAGGUUCAAGUGGAGAAACCACUCGCUUUCUUGCCUCCCGGACGUGCCGCCGGCCGACACCAUCGUACCCCUGGACUGGGCGUGCAAGAACGUUGCCCUCUCGAGGGAAGCACCGGGUGUGAUCUCGGCCGAUUGUCCCGCUGACCUCGGGCUCGACGAGUACGUGCGGAGCACCAUCAACCUCAACCGCUGCAUCGGGCUCAACGCGACCGAGCCUGGAUGGCCGGUUGCGGAGAAAGACGGCAAUGCAUUCGAGUAUUGCAAGGACUGCGAGCUCAUCUGGAGAAACGAUACCAUCGGCUUCCAGGAAGGCAACAAGACGGAGGUCAAGUCGGCAGUAUUGACGUGUACCUGCCGGACAGAGAACGCCACCACAUUCCUCCAACGCCCGACCGUUUUCAUCCCCCUACAAGACCACAUUGGCUGGUCGCCAUAUACCUUUCGCCCGGUUUGUCUGAAUGGGUCCGUUGAGGGAAACAGGCUGAUGCACAAAGAUCCUUUGACCAAGGCCGACAAGUGA